ACCGCGGCCGGGCAGUGCAAGCGUGCAUGCGCGUCGCGACCGUCCACACGGUUUUCCCGUCGUCCCAACCUUUGGCCCGGAGUCUUCUCGUCCGAAUCGUAUUUGCCGCCGUCUCCGGAGGAUCCGCCACACACGAUAACGCCCUUUAUCGCCCUCCGCACAGCAGCCGCCACCGAUCACCAAUGCCGCCGCCGUCGUCGCUGCACUGUCGCCGCACGCUGUCGCUGCAGACGACCAUCGCCUUGGUCGCCGCCGUGGCCGUUGCGGUGGCCGUCCGCUCGACCGUCGCCGCCCCGCAGUCGGACGGCGACGAUGUGAUCACGAUCGCCGGCCAGCAGUGCAAGUGCGGCCCGUUCUACUUGUGCGAGGCGAACAAUUUCAUCAACGUGCCCUCUGGAUCUUCAGAAUCGGGUUGUGCAGAUGAUUUGGUAUGUUGCCGGGUAUCAGACACCGAAUCAAUUUCAAAUAUUCCAAUAACAUCAUCUGAAUUACCUGAAAUUAGUUCAACUACUCCGGAACCAUAUACUGAGAGUAAUAAGCCAUGUACAUGUGUAUUCGAAAAUCAAUGUUUACCAACAAAUAGUGAUAAUUGGCAAAAUAAUAAUAGAAGAAAAGGCAGUUGUAGUAGCAAUAAAGUUUGUUGUCCAAAUGAAAAUAUCAAUAUCGUAUCAACAACCCAGGAAACACCUGUUAUUGUUGAACCCAACCAAAAUUAUGUUCGUAGUUGUGGUAUUGGUAAAUCGCCGACAGAUACCAUGUAUUCUGAUAGAAUAGGAACACGUAUAAUUAAUACUGAAGAAACCUCAAACACUUAUUUUGGUCAAUUUCCUUGGAUGGCUGCUAUUUUAAAAACAGACAUAAAUGAAGAGACUGGUGUAAAAACUGAAAAUGUUUUCCUGUGUGGUGGUUCAAUAGUACAUCCACGAGUCGUUUUAACAGCAGCGCACUGUGUCAGAGAUAAAAAUGUGAAAAUGCUAAAAGUACGACUAGGCGUUUGGGAUACCCAGUCCAACAAUAACGAAGAAGAAAAAGAAAUUUCGCACCAAGAUCGUGGUGUUUCAAAUAUAGUUUAUCAUCCAAAUCAUAAUAAUGGAACUAUGUUCAACGAUGUGGCGUUAGUCGAACUCGAUUCUAAAAUUAUGUUAUAUCCUCAUAUUAACGUUAUAUGCCUUCCCAAGAAUGAAAAACAAAAAAACUACGACCCUCAAUCGUGUAUAUCAACAGGAUGGGGCAAAAAUGGAUUCGAACUCGGUAGCCGAUAUCAAAGUGUGUUAAAAAAAGUAGAUUUGUCUCUUGUGCCGAAUGAUGUAUGCCAGCAACAAUUACGGACCACGCGCCUUGGAAACUAUUUCCGUUUACAUGAUAGUUUUAUUUGUGCUGGUGGCAUAGAAGGGGUGGACGUGUGCAAAGGCGACGGAGGUGGACCACUGAUAUGUGAGAUAAAAGAUUCUCGAGAAAAAUCUAAACAAUAUAUUCAAGUCGGUAUUGUGUCUUGGGGCAUUGGGUGCGGUGAAAAUGUACCCGGUGUAUACUCAUCGGUAGAGUUCAAUUCUCAGUGGAUCAACAAGGAGCUAAAAAUGAUUACGCAAUGAAAACAUCGUUUUUUUUCAAACUAUUGGCAUUUUAAUUUGUAUAUUAUUACAUUUUGACUAGGUAUUUGAUCGAAUGUAAGUCGAUUUAUUUUCCGAUAUAUUAUAAUAAUAUGAGCAUAAAAUAAAUUUUUAAAUUUACGCCUUAAA